AUGUCGUAUGGAAGGUCGCAUAAGCGAGCAAGAACCGACAAUAUAUCGGAGCUCAACGCAAAAUAUAUGGCGUUAGAUCAGUUCAACAACUAUCAGGUUAUGUACAUAUGGAUUGAUGCCACACAAGAGAAUCUCCGAGGAAAAACAAAGACAUUUGAUUUUGAACCAAAAGUGGCAUCUGAUCUCCCAGUUUGGAAUUUCGAUGGAACUUCGACCGGUCAAUCGCUCGGUGAAGGAUCAGAUGUGUAUAUCCGCCCGGUGGCACUAUUUCGUGAUCCGUUUAGACCAGGGCCAAAUAAAAUUGCCCUCUGUGAAACGCUUACUCAUGACGAAAAACCGCAUCCAACAAACACUCGUCAGCAAUGUUUGGAUCUGAUGGAGAAAGCUAAAGACCAGCAACCAUGGUUUGGAAUGGAGCAAGAGUUCACUCUACUCGGAGCUGAUAAGCAUCCAUACAACUGGCCAACUAACGGAUUUCCUGCUCCUCAAGGACCGUACUACUGUGGUGUUGGAUAUGAUAGAGUAUUCGGUCGCCAUGUUCUUGAAGCUCAUUAUAGAGCUUGCAUGUACGCUGGAAUCAAAAUCAGCGGAUCGAAUGUGGAAAGUAUGCCGUCUCAGUUCGAAUACCAAGUCGGACCAUGUGAGGGAAUCGAGAUGGGUGACCAGUUGUGGGUGUCUCGAUACAUUCUCCAUCGCAUAUGUGAAGAAUACGGAGUUGUGUGUAGUUUGGACCCUAAGCCAGUGCUCGGCGAGUGGAGUGGUGCCGGAUGCCAUCUCAAUUUCUCUACAAACGUGAUGAGAACUCCGAGUGAAGACGGCGCUGGAUGGCGCGCUAUCGAGGAAGCAGUACAUAAAUUGAGCAAAGUCCACAUGCACCACAUUGCUUACUAUGAUCCUCACGGAGGACGAGAUAAUGAACGUCGUCUUAUUGGGGCGAACCAAACUGAAACUGUUGAUGCAUUCUCAUCUGGAGUUGCUGACCGAGAAGCCAGUGUCCGAAUUCCGAGACAAGUUUUUGCUGAUAAAUGUGGAUACUUCGAAGAUCGCCGACCUGCGUCCAACUGUGAUCCAUAUAUGGUGACUUCCGCCAUGGUCAAAACAUGUUGUUUGGAGGGAGAAGACGCCAAACUCAACUUGCGCUAUGUCCCAAAAUUCUAA